AUGGAUUUUGAAUAUCAACAAUGUGUCCCACCUACUGCUUCAAAUAGACGACGUCGUGAAUUGGAUGUUGACCAUGAACGGGGACGGUGGCGUGGGCGAGAACGAGGUCGAGGUCGUGGUCGAGAUCGUGAUCCAGUUUCGGAAGAGUAUCUUACUCAUGCUUUUCCAGGUGGACUGAAUGAUCCAUCAAUACUGCGGAGUUUCAAUAAUCAUGUCGUUGCAGCUAUUUGGCACAAGGAGGAACGAGAGCCCCUAAAGUGUCAUAAUCACUCUUCGAAGAUCCUUGCAUGGCCAUGGUGGUCAGUAGACAAAAACACCAAAUUCAAAGCCAUUAUUGAGCAGUCUGGGCUGUCACAAUUAGCUCGGUGCACUUAUCGGUUCGUCAACAAGCUUCUAACCUCCAGUUUUGUUGAGAGAUGGCAACCUGAGACGAACACAUUUCACAUGACAAUUGGUGAGAUGACAUUGACUUUGGAUGAUGUUGGCAAUAUUCUUAGCCUUCCCAUUGUAGGCAGAUUAGUCAGCGUACCAAAUGUGACGGAUUAUCAUGGAGUUACACUACUAGUUUUUGGCUUGGGGAUUACUGAACUUGUAGCACAUGAAGAGAUUUCUACUACUGGUGUUAAUUCAGUCAGGCUUGAGUGGUUACGAAGUCAGUUUGUUGGUAUCACAGAUUCAGACCCCAAUGAGGUUAUACAGUGCGCUGCUAGAGCUUAUUUGUUGUUUCUGUUGGGAUGUACACUUUCCAGUGACAAGAGUGGCGGCAAGGUUCCUGUUGUUUACCUUAGCUUAUUAAUGGAUUUGGGAUCCAUUCGUACUUAUGACUGGGGUGCUGCUGCAUUAGUAUUUUUAUACAGGCAAUUGGGGUAUGCUAGCCGGUCCGGGGUUAAGCAGAUGGGUGGUUAUAUGACUCUUUUGGAGGCAUGGAUUUAUGAGCACUUCCGAGCAUUUCGACCUCACCAGAACAUGGGCUAA